AUGUCUCAACCCUCGCAGUUCAGUCAUCUGCCCCGCGCCGCCUCCGGGCCUCUGCCGUGCUCCGCCACCGGGCCGCGGCUGCUCUCCCUCGCCCGGUACAACAAGGGCUCUGCCUUCCCCGAUAACGAACGCGCGGCGUUUGGCCUGCGCGGGCUGCUGCCGCCGCAGGUCCAGACGCUCCGGGACCAGGUCGAGCGCGCGUACCAGCAGUACGCGAGCUGCGGCGACGACCUGGCCAAGAACACCUUCAUGGCCAGCAUGAAGGCGCAGAACGAGGUGUUGUACUACAAGCUGCUGGAAACGCACCUCAAGGAAAUGUUUAGCGUCAUUUACACACCCACCGAGGGCGAUGCCAUUCAGAACUAUUCCCGGCUCUUCCGGAAACCCGAGGGCUGUUUUUUGAAUAUUCGCGAGCAGGACUCGAUUGAGGAAUGCUUGGCGGCGAAUGAGAAUACCGACGACAUUGAUUACAUUGUCGUCAGCGACGGCGAAGAGAUUUUGGGAAUCGGUGACCAGGGAGUCGGCGCUAUUCUCAUCUCUGCUGCGAAACUGGCCAUUGCGACUUUGUGCGCUGGCAUCCAUCCGUCCCGCCAGCUGCCCGUCGUCCUCGACUGCGGCACCAACAAUGAUGACUUGCUGAAGAACAAACUGUACCUUGGUCUCCAGGAGCGCCGUGUUCGCGGCAAAGAAUACGACGAUUUCGUGGACAAGUUUGUGCAAGCCGCUCGCAAACAAUACCCGAAUGCCUAUAUUCACUUUGAGGACUUUGGCCUCCCAAAUGCCCGGCGCAUCCUUGACCGAUACCAGUCUCAAAUUCCCUGCUUCAACGACGAUAUCCAAGGCACUGGCUGCGUCACGCUGGCUGCGAUGCUGGCUGCGCUGGAAAUCAGCAAUGUGAGCAUCAAAGACGUUCGUGUCGUCAUUUUUGGCUCCGGCACGGCUGGGAUGGGCAUCGCGGACCAACUCGCCGACGCCAUUGUGACGCAGGCGGACAAGUCGAAAGAGGAUGCCCGCAAGCAGAUCUGGUGCAUCGACAAACCCGGCCUUUUGCUCAAGUCCCACGGCGACAAGUUGAAUCCUGCCCAAGUUCCCUAUGCAAAAGACACCUCCGAGUGGCCUGCCGAUCGGCAACCCGACUUGUUCUCCGUGGUAUCGCAUGUCCGCCCACACGUCCUCAUCGGCACGUCCACCAAGCCCAAAGCCUUUGACGAAAAGACCAUUCGCGAAAUGGCCAAGCACGUCCAGCGCCCCAUUGUCUUUCCGUUGAGCAAUCCUACGCGUUUACAUGAAGCCCAGCCCGAGGAUCUGAUUCGCUGGACCGAUGGGAAAGCGCUCGUCGCGACGGGCAGCCCGUUUCCUCCUGUCGAGUAUGGUGGCAAGACAUUUGAGAUUGGCAAGUCAUUCUUAAAAAAGGCUGAAAGACGAAAACUAAUACAGGUUGGACUAGCUGAAUGCAACAACUCGACUUGCUUUCCCGGCAUUGGCCUCGGCGCGAUUCUGUCCCGCAGUCGACUCGUCUCCAACAAGAUGCUCGUAGCAGCUGUGGAAGCGCUCAAAGCAAAGUCGCCAGCGCUGAAAGAUGCUACUUGCGCGCUUUUGCCUGAUGUCGAAGAUGUGCGCGAGGUCAGUGUGGAAAUCGCGGCCAGGGUGAUACAAUGUGCGGUCGAGGAAGGGCUUGCCCAGGAGAAGGGAAUCCCGGAUGAUGAGGAGCAACUGCGGGAGUGGAUUCGGGCGCAGAUGUGGGAUGCAGUGUACCGGCCCUUGUCCAAGCAGUGA